CUUCAAAACAACACAGAAAACAACGCGCUAACAUAAAAACUCGCAAAUUCUCUAAAAUCUCAAUUUCUUCAAGGAAAAUAGAGUUAAUUAUAUGUUCAAAUCGUUACUGCGAUUAAUUGUUGUCAAAGAAUCACAUUUAAUCCCUCAAAAUUUUCAUAAAUUUGGAAGAAAAUCAAUUUACCGGCAAAACAACCUCCGAAAAUUUUCAACUAUGACGAACGAAAAUGCUGCAAAAAAAGCCAAAACUGACGUCGUUAUUGGAACACACGAUGGAGUCUUUCAUUGUGACGAAAUUCUCGCCUGUUUCAUGUUGCAACAAUUACCUGAAUACGAAAAUGCAACAAUUUUAAGAACCCGAGACUUGACAAAAUUAGCUGAAUGUGACAUUGUUGUUGAUGUUGGAGCAGUUUUUGAUGUCGAAAAGAAGCGUUUUGAUCACCAUCAACGUGAAUUUACGGGUACCAUGAGUUCAUUGAAGCCCGAAGUUGGUCCAGAUUUCGAUAUAAAACUCAGUUCAGCGGGACUUGUUUAUUGUUAUUAUGGCGAAGAUGUCAUUAAAAAUGUCGUUAAAAAGUAUACCGGGACGGAAAUCGAUCUCAAAUGCCUUAAAACUGUCUAUCGUAAGCUCUAUGAAAGUUUUAUUCGUGAAAUUGACGCGAUUGACAAUGGCGUUCCUCAGUUUGAAGGCGAACCUAGAUGGACAAUUUCGACAAAUUUGAGUUCUCGUGUCUCGCAUUUCAAUCAAACGUGGAAUUCGAAAGAGCCUUACGACGCACAAUCGCAGUUCGAAAAAGCUAAAGAGCUCGUAGGCGGUGAAUUUGUCGAUAAAAUCCGCUAUUACACUGAGGUUUGGUGGGCUGCGAGAGCAAUUGUUCAAAAAACUCUUGAAAAUCGUUUUAAUGUUCACGAAUCGGGAGAAAUUUUGGAAUUAUCUGAAUUUUGUCCGUGGAAACAACAUUUAGCGGAAUUAGAACAUGAAUUGAAGCUCGAAGGAGUCGCCAAAUACGUUUUGUACGAGAACAAGAGUGACGAUUGGCGUGUCAUUUGUGUUCCAACGACGCCAGAUUCCUUCGUUUGCAGGAAGUUUUUGCACAAAGAUUGGCGCGGCAUUCGCGACGAAGAACUUGAAAAGGUAUCGGGCAUCAAGGGAAUCAACUUUUGUCAUGCCACGGGCUUUAUUGGAGGCGCAAAGACACGAGAAGCUGCUUUGCAAAUGGCUGUUCAAAGUUUAGAAGCGGAUUAUUGAUUGAAAUGAAGAAAAAUUUCUGUUCUAAAAUAUUUAUUUUUUUUUCUUAGCUACAAC